AGAAAAUAGGCAGUUGUUGGACGGCAACAGUUGUGGAGUCUACGCAUCAUCACGAGUCGACAUUUUCGAGAAUUUUUUCGUUAAACCGGAAGUCGAUAUACAGAAUAAUUAUGAGUGGAUAUCUGGCAAUUAUCGGUUUGGUGUGUUUGCAAGUACUGUGCGUAAUGUCGAUCAACGAAUUCCCGGAAAAGAAAAUACAAAAUAUUUGGUUGRCGGACAUGGACGACAAACAGACCGCGUCCAGGAUCGAACGCAGUGAUCAGUUCGAAACGGCCAGUGACGUCAUAAUGAAGGAUGCAAGUGCGUACCCGAAAAUCACUCGCCGUGGGUUCGCGGGAGAGGAAUUUUUCCUGAARGCGUCGAAGUCGGUGCCCAGGAUCGGCCGUAGGAACAACGAUAUUCAGGAAUCGCCGAAAAGAUCAUUAAGCAAAGAACAAGUGAACAUGGUGGAAUACUGGCCGUACUUGCAGCCGAACGACAUUAACGACUUGACCAGGAAACAUGACUUCGACUUGCCGUAUAACUGUCAACAACUGGACGCCAAAACAAUUUUUUUGGUGGACAUGUACAACUUUGUGUGCAACGAUCAGUUCUAUUGCUGUGCGCCGGCUAAGCGUGCCAUAGCCAACUCUCCAAACGCGAAUUCCUUGUGAAAAAGCGGAGCACGAUAUGAUACAAAAAUAUAAUAUUCYAAUGCAAAAAUAAAAUAACAUGUAGUCAGUCAUAGGUUUAGGGGGAUGUGUUUUUGUUUAUAAUUAUUAUUAUUCAUCAGACUUUUUAUGAGUGGUUAAUUACAUCUAAGAGAGAAACAWUCAACUGACAGUGUAUUAUAUUGAACGCGUUAAGCACGUGAUCGUUGUGAUUAUUGUGUUAGCACACUUUAAAAUAUAUAUGCAUUGAAUGUAUGUCAAAUGAAAAAUGUCUUUAACUCAAUAAAAGUUUAUWUAUUAACCUAUGUAUAAA